AUGGCACGAAAAAUAGGUUCAAUUCAUAUUGAGGUUCUUGAAGGUAGAAAUUUAAUUCCAAUGGAUAGUGAUGGCCAAUCGGAUCCAUAUUGUGUUAUAUUGGUCGGAGAUAAAAAGAAAAAAACAAGAGCAGUUAGACAUACAUUAUUUCCAAGAUGGGAGGCUGAUAAUUCAUUCGAUUUUAAUGUUGAUUCAAAUCUACAAUCAAUUACAGUUGAAGUUUAUGAUUGGGAUAGAUUUAGUAGUGAUGAUAGAAUGGGUUUAUUAAAUAUUUCAAUGACCCAAAUUUCAGAAUAUAUAGUGGAUACAGUUAAAUGGUAUACAUUGUCACCAAUGAAACCGGAUGAUAAAGUUAGUGGUGAUAUUAAAUUAAAAAUAAGAUUUGAUAAAGAUAGAUCCCAACCAGUAGAGAAACCAUUAAUUAAGGCAAUUAAAGAUAUAGAUUUAAAUGCAAUUGAACAAAUGAUAAUUAAAUCUAAAUUGGAUUAUUCAGUACAGGAUAGCGAAGGAACACCAGCUAUUCAUUUAGCAGUAUCAUCAAAUAGUAUACCGUUAAUUAAUACUUUACUAAGAGGUUCAGAUUUAAAGAUUACAGUUAAAGAUCAAAAUGGAAAUUCACCCUUACAUUUCUUUGCAUGGAAAUGUAUUUCAUUUAAUAAUUGCGAAGAGGUUGUAAAUAAAUUAAUCGAUAGGGGUUGUGGUGUUAAUGAUGAAAAUCAAUUGGGUGAAAUUCCACUCCAUAAAGCAUGCUUAGCUACAUUACAAAAAUCAACAAUUAUUGAUCAAUUAAUACAAAGAGGUUCAAGAAUUAAUCAUCAAACUAAAAUUGGUGAAACUCCUUUACAUUAUUCAAUUAAAGUGGGUAAAAUGGAUUUUGUUAGAUUUUUAAUUUUAAAUGGUGCAGAUUUUAGAAUAGUUGGUGGGGCUCCACCAAUGAGUCCAAUAGAGUUAUCAAAGUCAUUAGGACACACAUCAAUUAGCAAUAAAAUUCAACAAGUUUUAGAUAUUAGUGAUUGGCUUAACAGUUUAGAGUUGGAGAGUUUAUUACCAGUUUUUAUUCAAAAUGAAAUCUAUAUGGAUGUUAUUACAGAUAUCGAUGAAGGUACAUUAGAUAGUUUUAAGCUAUUAUCUGGUCAAAAAACAAAAUUAUUAAGAGCAAUAAGAAAAAUGAAAGAUCCAUCAUCAACUUCAUCCAACUCAUCUCUUAGAUCAACUUCAUCAAAUCAAAUUUUGGGUGAUAGCGUUGGUAGUAACAGCAGUGAAAAUAGUGUAGAUAUAAGAAAUACGAGUAAUUCAAAUUUGAAAAAUUUUAUAAGAUCAAAUAGUACAUUAAAUAAAAGUAGUGGUAAUUUAAAUAAUAGUAGUGGAGUUGUUAAUGGUAAUAUAAAUAGUAAUCAAAAUAAUAAUAUAGUAAAUAAAAGUAAUAAGGAUUUAAAUAGUUUAAAAAAUACAGAGAUAAAUAAAAGUAAUAAUAGUAUAAUAAAUAAUAGCAAUAAUAAUAAUAAUAAUAAUAAUAAUAAUAAUAAUAAUAAUAAUAUAGUUGAUAAUAAUGUUAAAACAACAACAACAACAUCAUCAAUAAUUACAACCACUACUACAACCACCACUAAAGCAGGUGAAGUUGAGGAAGCAGCAUCAACUACAACUUCAACAACUACAACUACAAAUAUUACUACUGUUACUACAGAACAAGGUCCAAAUUUAAAUGUUUCAGAUUUAUCAGCUUUAAAACAUAUUAAUUUAGAUUCAGAUAGUUGGGUUAUAGAUGAAAGUAAUUUGAAGUAUAAUGUAUUACUAGGUACAGGUGCAAGCGGUAAAGUUUAUAAGGGUACUUAUAAGGGUCAAGAGGUUGCAAUUAAAGUUUUAAAAUCAUUUACCGAUCAAAAAGAUAUUGCAGAAUUUAAAAAAGAGUUUCAAAUUGUUAGUUCACUUAAAGCACCUGGUGUUGUAUAUUUUUUCGGUGCUGGUAUCAAAGAUAAGCUUUGUAUAGUUAUGGAAUAUUGUGCUAAAGGUAGUUUAUAUCAUAUUUUAAAAGAGGAUACCACUCAAUUCACUUGGGAUAAUUUCUUCCACUUGGGUCUUCAAGCUGUUAGCUCUUUACAGUCACUUCAUGAUUGGACACCACAAGUUUUACAUAGAGAUCUUAAAAGUUUAAAUUUAUUAGUUACAGGCGAUUGGACCGUUAAAAUUUGUGAUUUUGGUCUCAGUAGAUUUGAUACUGGUUCAAAUUUAGAAACACUUGGUAAAUUAAGAGGUACAUAUGCAUAUGUUGCACCAGAGGUUUAUUUUGGUAACAAGUAUACCACAAAAUCAGAUGUCUAUUCAAUGGGUAUGAUUCUUUGGGAGAUGACAUAUCGUUGUAUUAAAGGUUCACAUCAAUUCCCAUAUCAAGAGUAUCCACAUUUGAAAUUUGAUUACCAGAUUUUAAUUUCAUCAGCUAAAAAAGAUGUAAGACCAACCAUACCAGCAGGAACACCAAAGUCAUUAGCAGAUUUAAUCACCAAAACUCUCUUAAAAGAAUCAUCGGCAAGACCAACCACAAGUGAGUUUUAUUCCGAGUUAUUAGAGAUCAGCAAAGAAUAUAAUAGAAAUAGAGAUGAAUGGGACAGUAAAAGAAAUAUACCCCCACAACAACAACCACAAGUACCAUCAUCAUCAGAAUCAUCCAAUUCAUCAUCUUCCUCAUUAUCGAAUGCUGCAGUUGCCGGCUCACCAUCCUCAUCCUCAUCCCCUCCACUCCAAUCUUCAUCAUCACCAAAAAUUCAACAACAAUCACCAAAUAGUCCAUUAACCACUGAAUCAAUAGUGACACCCAUUUCAAAAAUUAAAGAGCAAUUAUUAACAAGAACUCGUAGUAGUUCUUCACCUAUAGAUCCUAAAUCAUUAGUAAUGGGAAAGAAAUAA